AUGGCGUUCGCGCCAAAAAUUGGAAGUGUUAUCCUGAGUUGUUUUCUCGCGAAAACAAACAGCAAAAGUGAGGAGAUAUGUGCAAGCGUAAAUCUUUGCAGUGAUUUUUUAUUUGUGGAGCUUGGAGAGUUGAAGAUGGGUGAUUUCCUGAUGGCCAAUCUUGGAGGAAUGCAAAUUGGUGAUUCACUGGGAAAAACAAACUCAGCUUUUGCAACAUUGAAGAGCUCUGUGUUGUGUUUUUGUUUUGUUGAUGUUAUUAUAUUUGUAGUAGUUGAUGUAGUUGAUUCUGAAAUUGAUGCUGAAGUUGAUGCUGAAGUUGAUGCGGAAGUUGAUGCUGAAGUUGAUGUGGAAGUUGAUGAAGAAGUCGAAGCUGAAACUGAAGCUGAUGCUGCAGUUUUUGCUGUAGUUGAUGCUGAAGCUGAAUUUAUUAGUUAG